AACUCUGAAUUACCUGUCUCUUGAAGACUCUAAACAUGACAGCUAAAACUGCCUGCUAUCUCCGCUGCUAAGUGCGGCUAAGCUUAGAUCUCAAUGCUAGGGCUAGAGGUUUAGUGAGUGAGCUUUUUGUUUUUCUUCCUCAACACUCGAUCAUAACAUAACAUCAUCACGUUAUGAACUUGGAAAAUUUUACUUCACUACUUUAGAAAAGACUUGGCUUUUAGUAAACAUUGGAUGAUACACCUGUGGUUCUGACAGGCUCAAUGAUUUCCUGAUGGAUUUGCAAGAACUAAGCAAGCUGCUGAAAACACAGUUGGCACAUCUGCUUGUGUCUAUCCCUGAAUCGAAGGAUCUGGUUCUUGAUGCUGACCUUACCAAACCAUUAGACAGAGUGGCUGGUAUAUCUUUUUUGAAGGAACAUGGAGUGGACAAAAUAUUCAAACUGGAGGCAGGUCAAAAAGCCCUUCCUGGCUGUGGACAGCGAGUUUAUCUUGUUCAUCCCAAGAUGACUACCAUGAAAUAUAUUGCUGAUCAUAUCAAAACUGAGAGGGGUAAAGGAGAGAGAAGAGCAUACAAAAUUGUUUUUGUCCCAAGAAGAUUGCAUAUUUGUGAGAAAAUCCUAGAGAGUGAGGGUGUGAUGGGAUAUGUCACACUGGAUGAAUUUCCCUUGGAAUUGUUCCCUCUGGACACUGACCUGUUAUCUUUGGAGACCCCAGAUUUCUUCAAGUCUUUUUACCUUGAAAAUGACACAACAUAUCUUCACACUGUAGCAUCAUCUCUCGUUAAUCUUCAGCGAUUGUUUGGGAAAAUACCAAAUGUUUACACCAUAGGGAAAGGAGCGAAGAUGACCUAUGAGCUAAUGCAGUCCAUGUUUGAAGCUCACGUGGACAGGAAAGAGUCAAAGUUUCACGUUGGGCAGCUUUUCAUAGUUGACAGAGACGUUGAUUUGAUUUCUCCAAUGUGUUCAGCCAUGACAUAUGAAGCUCUGCUGGAUGAGACAUUUGGCAUUGAAUGUUGUAUGAUAAACUUUGACUCCUCUGUGACGGGUGACAACAAAGACACGAAGUUGUUGCUCACAAGUCAGGAUGAGAUUUACAGCCAGAUUCGUGACCGGCACUUUGCUCAUGUAUUUUCUUAUCUGAGUGCAAAAGCCAAAGACCUUCAAGCUAUUUACAGUAAAAAGAACAACUUGAAGACAGUCGGAGACAUGAAGGAAUAUGUCGCCAAUGAGCUGCGAGUGCUGAAGCAUCAACAGAAAUUGCUAGCCACACACAUAGGAGCUUGUGAGGUGAUAAUGAAGACCAAGAACAAAUCUGAUUUUGAAAGCUUCAUAAGGACAGAACACAGUUUAUUAGAAGGUACAGAUACAAAGGAAAACCUGAAUUAUAUAGAGGAAUGUCUCCAGAAACAGUUUUCUCCAACACUUACACUUCGACUGAUGUGCCUUCUUUCACUUACACAAGAAGGUUUGAGUGCUCGUGACUACAAAAAUCUCACUACCCAGUUUUUGCAUAGUCAUGGAUUUGAGCACCUGGUAACAUUCCUGAGCCUAAAGAGACUAGGCCUCCUGACCGUGCAGGAGGUGGGUGGAGUUGGGAAUCGAGCAGGACCAUCAUUGGGCAAAAAGUCCAACUACCGCAUGUUGAACCGUCGGCUGGCGUUGGUCCCCAAGCAAGGGGAGGAGACUGAUCUGAAGACUCCAACAGACAUGUCCUACAUAUUCAGUGGUGCAUACACUCCUAUCUCAUGCAAGCUGAUUGAGCAGAUCCUGACAAGAGAUACCCUCGUUGGUCUGGAAGAAGUUGGAAGAUUAUGUGGUGGUCUGUUCUCUGACAUCAAACAAAAGAAGCAACCAGCUUCUGGUAGGUCUGGUGCUCCGACUGACCCUGUUAUGAAAGUGGCCCUUGUGUACUUCCUGGGUGGCUGUACCUACAGUGAAAUCUCUGCACUCCGUUUCAUCUCGAGACAACUUGGAGUGCGGAUCAUUGUUGCCACAACAGCCAUUGUUAGUAGCCAAAGUCUGCUGGGUGAUAUAAUGGAGAAGUCAGGACGCUAAGACCAAGGAUCCACCUUACAGCAACUAAACUUAGUUGAUGGUUACUAAGUUAUCUGUAGACAAACUGUUUCUUAAGGUGUGCCAAAGACAACAGUUGCAAACAUGUUUGACACCACUAUAAAUACAACAAAUUUUUAAAGAGGCAGAAACUCCAAAUCUACAUUCCAAAAUUCCAGGACUGAGAUAAGUCAAGUGAGUUGUGAACCUUAAAAAAUUCAUGAAACGACCCAAGUUAAAAAAUGGGCUGUUUUGGAUUUGAAUGAGGAUCAUCUUGCCAUUUCUGUUUAAGGCACUCUACGUGGAGUGUGUUUGUAUUGCUCUCGAGAUUGAUUCAAUCAUGGAUUUUCUCCCAUUUUACACAGAAGCAUCAGAACAUGUUUGUGAGAUUUUUUGCCCUGUUCGUUUCAUCUGGUAUAAGUACCGAAGAUUAGAGGUGUUACAAGAGAGUAACAAACACAAAAAAAGAAGAGAGAUAAUGACGAUAAAUGUUCGAUAGAAAAGAGCAGACCACACUUGAGCAUCUGCCAACCACCUACUGCCCUGAACUAACUAGUAUAUAGCUAAUUCCAAAUGAUGUAAAAUGAAAUUUAAAAACUUACUGUCAUCAGUGAAAUAUAUCUUUAGAGAAUUUAAACCAGUUGGACUUUUUAAACAUGAAUAUAUAAGCUUUGAAUAGCGAGUUCAAAGAGAAUGGUAUUUCCAAGACUUAUGCUUGUAAUUGUAAUAUAUUGAUCAUUGAGCAACAGACCGAGUGAAUGUACAAACUAUGUAUGGGAGAAAGAGAAUUUGUUUUUGCUUAAUAUGUUUCUGUGGGGGAGAUUUGUUUAUUGCAUAUGGGCAAGAGGCAAUUUGUUUUUGCAUCAUACAGGUUUGUGCGAGAGAGACGAUUUGUUUUUGCAUCAUACAGGUUUGUGCGAGAGAGACAAUUUGCUUUUGCAUCAUGUGUCUGCAGGAGAGAGACAAUUUGUUUUUGCAUCAUACAUUCUGUGGGAGAGAGAAAGAAAAGGAGUUGUAAUUAUGCUUUAGCUGAUGUUGUACCAUACUUGACUUUUGCUUUUGUUUAGCCAAUUAAAUAUUUCUCCCCCUGUUAAAAAAUUGCAAUGUAUUUUAUAAAUGCACUUCAUGCUGUUUAUUCCUUUAGAAAGCUCAAAUGCAAUGUACAUAACAGCAAAUAUUGACAGAAUAUAUUAUAGAUUCUAUAUAUAUGUCUGUGAAUAAGAAUAAGAUAGGGAGAGAAAAUGCCACAGACUGUUAGAUAAAUUGAGGAUUUUUUUCCAUCUUUGCAUGAAUAGUUCAGAUAUUUAGCUCUGCCUAGGUAUAAGGAGUGAGCCAUUUUUUUUGUACAGCCUUGCUUAUAAUUGUAAAAGAGUCCAUUGCUUAUUCCUUUUGUUUUGUUAUUUUUUAAUGGAAAAUUUUGUGAUCAUGUACAAUCCACACAGAAAAUUAAAGGAUAAUAUUUACCU